AUGACGGCUGGACUCAAGACAAUCAUCGCUCUCUCCUUCGUUCUCGCCAUUGGCUUUCUCCUCGUCAUUCUCUCGUCGGCCCUCUGGCACAACUUUCUGCCGCUGACCGUUGUUGCAACCUACGUUAUUGCGCCGCUCCCCAACUGGAUUUGUUCACGAUGCGCGAAUCCGGAUGACUUUAUGGAUAGCUCUGGCAAUGCCGUUGCGGAUUUUGGGCGUUUCCUCACCGGGUUCUUGGUACUGAUGGGUAUCGCUCUACCGGCCGUCCUAGCGCACAGCGGCGCUAUCCAGGUCCCAGCCAUGAUCAUGUCCAUACUCGGCGGUCUUUUGAUCUACGGCACCAUUAUCAGCUUCUCCAUGUUUUUCCGGGAGCAAGAGGAAUUUUGA